AUGGUCCGACGCGGAAGGCUGUCGAGGGGAUGCCAGAUCUGUAGGAAGCGGAAGAUCAAAUGUGACCAAGUUCAACCUAGCUGCACGCAGUGCCGGAAGAGUGGCUGGGUGUGUCCGGGGUAUGCCGAUUCCGUGGAGCGCAUGUUUCAGUAUCAGCAAGUGGAUUCUAUCUCUAUCAUAAAGCCGGUCAAGAUCCGGGUUAAUGAGACGAAGGAUGUGAAGCGUAGAGCGACGCAGAUACCAGUACCAACUGGUGCGAUGGUCAAGACCACGCCGAUAUCGCUAUCUCUAUCUCUACCGCAUCUGCCUCUCCCAAAGGGAGUAACACUGUCUCUCAAUGACCGCGCAAUUGGCUAUUUCCUACUCACACACGCGCUCCGCGACACGGGCGAAAUCCGCGGCUGCUACGAGUACCUUUUCACGCUCCCCAUCAUCACCUGGCCGGAAACCUCCAGCUGCCUGACCGCCGCCGCACUCGCAGCCUACGGGAACGCGCGGCACAGCGCCGAGAUCCUUGAGCAGGCUCGCACGUACUACGGCCGGAGUUUGCGGCUCGUGAACGCCGCUCUAGCGGACCGCGCGAAAGCGUCGCAAACGAGCACGAUGAUUUCGGUUCUCCUGCUUAAUUCCUUCGAGGCGCUCAUGUCGGAGGGUCUGGAGUCGAUGAGCUACAGUGAUGGGCAUAUGAGGGGGGUGAUGAUGAUUAUGGCCCUAAGGGGUCCUGGGCUGAUGGAGUCGAGGGAGGGUGUGCAGGUGUUUUUGCAUAUGUGUCGGUGUCUGAUUACGUAUUGUAUCAUGAGGCCGGUGGAGGUUCCGGUUGAGGUAUGUGCUUUGCGCGAGGCUGCGGCGAGGUUCCUUGAUACGGAAAGUCCGGCUUGGGUGCUCGAGGAGGUUAUGAUCAAGCUGGCGAAAUUUCGGGCUGAGGUCGAAGCUGGCGGGAUCGUUGAGAGUAACAACAUCAUCGACAUUGCGCUCCGAUUAGAUGACGAAUUGUCUCAACUGACAAGUAACCUGCACGGACAUGGGAAAUUCGACACAGUCCGAACCCUGGACGCGGAUCCCUCACUCCCAGGAUACAACCAUGCCUACCCCGAUAUGUGGUAUGCAUACAUUGGGAAUUACACCCGCACCUGCCGCUUGAUCCUGCACAGGAUUAUUCAGGAGGAACUCGAGAGGGGCGACGGAUCCGCAUUCCACAGUACCGUGACAACAUCCGCCAAUGUGCUAGCCCCUCAGCGAUUGAAGGAGCCGUUCCCGGCAUUGCCGGUGCUUACUUUCUCCUCUGGCCGGUCAUGA